AUGCGCCCAGCAUUGCAGCCUGCGGCUCCCUCUCGCAGGCUGCUCCGGUUUCUGCGGUUCCAGUCUGAAGGGAAACCCUUCUUCAGCCCGAGCCAUUUAUGUGCCGCUGCAACGAGAUGCCAUGGCCUGCCUCUUCAGGACUAUCCGGGCUGCGCGCAUGCUGCAGAAACCCCUCGCCAUUCAGCACGACGAUUCUCAACCUCGAAGGCCAGCCGAUCCGAAGCCGCCCUCCAUUCCUCUGUGUUCGAUCUGGAGAGCCUCCUUCCGAAGUCCCUGAGAAAGGUUCGCUCGACUGGCACCGACCUUGUCAAUGGAAAUGCUGCUACGAAAUCACGGAGGUUCGCUUCUACAGAUGAGCCUCCGGAAGAGGAGCGUGCCAGGACGCCUUGGCAGCAGAGACUAUGGGGUGACACCACCGUCAAGCCCGACUUUCGGAGCAGCACCACUGACGAUUACGACACGUCGAUAUUCACCUCGUCUAUGACAGCCAGGAGGGCCAAGGCUGCUCUUGAGCCUGUGCUGCGGUGCACAGAGGUGGACGAAAAAGGCGACGCCAUCUUGACUGAUGGCGCGUUCAAGAAGAGCGAGCUUAUUGCGAAGUACGGCCUUAUGCCCCGUGAUCUGCGCAAGAUCGACUCUUCCAACCUCCCGCACAUCCUCGUCCGACCUGCUGCGAUCCUCCUUAACCUGCUACACCUGCGCGUGCUGAUCAAGCACGACCGCGUUCUGCUCUUUGAUGUCUACGGCUCCUCGACCUCCUCUGCGCAGUCCGAGUUCAUGUACGAGCUGCAGGGCAAGCUGCGGCAGAAGCAGGCCCCCGGCACGGCAGGCGGCCUCCCGUACGAGUUCCGCGCGCUCGAAGUAGUGCUCAUGUCAGUGACUUCAGAGAUAUGGAAGGAUUUCGGUACCGUUCAGAAGCCCGUCAUGCACCUCCUGGGCGACCUGGAAGAGGAUGUUGACAGGGAGAAGCUACGGUACCUGCUGGUGCUUUCGAAGAAGGUCAGCACCUUCGAGCAGAAGGUGAGGCUGGUACGAGAUGCUAUCGACGAGCUGCUGGAAGCGGACGACGACCUGAGCCAGAUGUAUUUGACGGAGAAGACACGAGACAUCUCGCGCGAGGUCGACGACCACACUGAGAUCGAGAUGCUGCUGGAGUCAUACCACAAGAUUUGCGACGAGGUCGUUCAGGAGGCGAGCAACUUGGUUUCCGGCAUCCGGAAUACGGAGGAGAUCAUCCGCGCCAUCCUCGACGCUAACCGCAACGCUCUCAUGCUUCUCGAGCUCAAAUUCAGCGUCGGCACGCUCGCCUUGGCAAUGGGCACCUUCUUCGCCGGCCUCUACGGCAUGAACCUCGAGAACUUCAUCGAGGAGACCAACUGGGGCUUUGCAGGUGUCACCGGCGCCUCGGUCUUCUUCAGCUUGCUGGUGGGCUGGUACGGCCUAAUCAAGCUGCGCAAGGUGCAGCGCGUGCGCAUGAGCCAGUCCUCGACACGCAACCGCCGGUCGAUCACGAGCAGCCAGGCGAAAGACGGCUGUGACCCGUACGGAGCGAUGCAGUGGUACAAGGAUGACAGCCCCACGGCGCUGCUCGAAGCCAAGCACCGUGAGAAGCUCAAGAGGAUCGCAAUGGCGAAGGAGAAGCGUCCCCAGCCCACAGGGUUUAAGAAGUGGUUUCAGCGGCUACAGUGA